AUGCUUUAUGUCUGGGUGCACCACGGCAUAGUUUUAGCAACUUCUGCCCACACUGCACGACCACAUAUUUGAAAUUCACACUUGAAAAAAGUGAGGAAUUGCGAGAAUAAUUUUUGGACUUAUUAUUCUGUAUCCGAUCGAUUGAGGAGGUGUUGUGCGCGGUCCUCAGCUCCUUAAAACACACCAAAAGAUUCCACUAGAUAUUCAAGCUCAAUAAAUUCUUCCGCAAUAACUACCGCUUCGAUUUGUAAUAAUUUCUUCUGUUUUUUUUUUUAUUAAACUCUCGUCAUAAAUAGAACUCAAAACAUUUCCAAAAAAGAUCCUAAACCAUCGAAAUUUUGAUCCUGAUUUUUUUGUAAAUCGCUGUCAAGUGUCAAGUUUUUGUCCCUCGUAUUUUUGUGAAUAUUUGGUGUUGAAUUCUUGUUUUGUGUUUUACGUAAAAUAGUUUGCCAUGGAUGAGCUCAACAAAGAACAAAUUGCUUUGCUUAAAAAUGCCUUCAAUGCAUUCGAUCCUGCCAAGAAUGGCUACAUUGAAGCCACCAUGGUUGGCACCAUUCUAAGUAUGCUCGGUCAUCAAUUGGACGACAACGUGUUGGCCGAAAUUAUCGCUGAAGUCGACGAAGAUGGCUCAGGACAAAUUGAGUUCGAGGAAUUCACAACUUUGGCUGCGCGUUUCCUUGUUGAAGAAGAUGCCGAAGCUAUGCAAGCUGAGCUAAAAGAAGCCUUCCGUUUGUAUGACAAAGAGGGCAACGGUUACAUCACCACCGGAGUAUUAAGAGAAAUUCUGCGUGAACUCGACGACAAACUCACCAACGAUGAUCUUGACAUGAUGAUUGAAGAAAUUGACUCUGAUGGUUCCGGCACUGUUGACUUUGAUGAAUUCAUGGAAGUCAUGACUGGAGGCGAUGAUUAAAUGUAACCAAAGAUAGCAUCGUACUGCACCUUCAUGCCACCUUGUUCAGCGAAUUCAGCAACAUUAACAUUUAAAUCAAUAACGUACAAGUGCAUAGACAUAGACAUAAUAUAAAAUAUUCUUAUUUACCAUUUACGCCUUGAAACGGACACUUCAAUCAAAAAUAGCAACUGUUGGCAAAACAUUACAUCUCCCAUGCAUUUUAUUCAUAAACACCAAUUGUUUCGUAGUGAUAUACAAUACAGAGCUGAUUUGACAUUAUUUGCAUAAAGUUAUGACACCAAGGCCAUUCGCCUUAAUGCUGCAUAACUUGGAACUGUUAAGUCACCUGUCAAAACUAGACAGCUUUGCAUCUCAAAAACAGUCCCUCUGGCCUCUGGAUUACCCGCAUGAGGUUGAUAAGUUGAAUAAUUUUAUUUACUUGUGUAAAUUUAAUAUAAAUGUAGUUUAAUGCACCAAUUGCUAUUUAGAAUUGAAGUUGGAUGUUCACACGGGCUGAGAAAAUAUAAUUUAAAUUUUCAUUUAUUUUUUAACUAUUUGUAGAAACUGAAAAGCUAAAAUGAGUCAAUUCUAGUCCUUACAAAAAUGUUUUAUGUAUUUUAAUAAAAAAAAAAGACAAUUGGAUGUAUCUGUAGAGCAGAGAAAUAUAAAUCAAAAAUAUUUAAACAAAAUCUUUUCUAUGCUUCAUUUAUUUUAUGUUUAUAAUAAUUAUUAAAAAUGUAUACAAUAUAUUACGAAAAAAAACUAUAAUAAUAAUCUUUGUAUAAAAGUGCCUAGUAAAAUAAAGAUGUAAUUUCGUUAACAA